CAGAGGCCUGAAACAGGAAAUAACUCCUCACCCACAAUGCAUUGCACCUUGCUGGGCUGAUCUCAUUGGAAGUCUCUCAUGACACAGAACAGGCCUGGCUGCCAUUUUGUCCCAUUGCAGACAGUCCCCCAAUACUAGAUGCCAUGGCGGCUGGAAGAAAGGCAGCGGGGAAAUCUACUAAGAUCAUCCAAGAACAGAAAUUAAUGCAAUCCUAUGAAAUUGAGCAAAAAGAUCUGAGUGGAUCAGAGGAAGACGCAAAAAACGGUGAGACCCCAAUAAUCGAUAAACACGCGAAGAAAAGACCUUCAUCUUUUUCAAACCAAGGAGCAGAGGAUGAGCACGUGGGGAAUGAAGUGCAGGAUAUGUUGGAAAGAUUUGGGGCUGAUAUCAGCAAAGCUCUCCUGGCAAAAAGGAAGCGGCUGGAAACGUACACAAAGGCUUCUCUGAAAACCAGUAACAUGAAGAUUGAGCAGGUUUGGAAAACACAGCAAGAAGACAGGCAGAAGCUGAGCAACGAGUACUCUCAGCAGUUCCUGGAUUUGUUCCAGCAAUGGGAAGUUGAUGUUCAAAAAGCAGAGGAGCAAGAGGAAAAGUUAACGAACAUGUUCCGUCAGCAGCAGAAACUGUUUCAACAAGCAAGAAUAGUUCAGAGCCAGCGACUCAAGACAAUCAAGCAGCUCCACGAACAGUUUUUAAAGAGUGUGAGUGACCUAGAAAAGACUCAUGAAAACCAUCUAAGUGGCGCUCAGAACGAACUCAAGAAGGAAAUGGCUUUGCUGCAGAAAAAGAUUAUGAUGGACACUCAACAGCAAGAGAUGGCGAGUGUCCGCAAGUCUCUUCAGUCAAUGUUGUUCUGAUGGCUCCCUAAAGAAAUCACCUGCGUCUAUGCAACUUGCUGCAGCUACAUUGCUCUUAUCCGGAGCAGCAUUCAUCUCUAACUCAGACUUCUAGUUAUGGUAUUUUUCAGGGUUAAAAAUAUUUUAAUUUUAACUGUGUUGUUUAAAGGGAAGCAAAACUGUUAUUGUCUGCUGUUCCCUCAUAUACAUUGCACAGACCAUGCAGUCUGAAUGGUUGAUGAGCAUUGCGUGCACGACAAAAAUAGCUAAUUCCUGACCUCCUCAUCUAUGUGCAUUAUCCUGAGUGGAACUAUGUGCAUUGGGCUGAGUGGAAUUUUGCACUUGCAAAAAAAUUCUAAAUAAGCUGGUUGAUGCCAAAAACAUGAGAAACCAAGCACUGAUGGGAAGGAGCAUAUCUGGGCAGGUGCUAGUGGAGUGUUGUUUUAAGGAAACUGUAGGGAAUGUUUAAUAAAUCGAUUUAACAAAAA